GUUUCUCCUAUGGUUACCGUUAUUAGCUAGUAAUAGUGGGGUCCAUUGUUCUGUUUUUGUUCUUCCAAUUUAAACUCACUGUUUUAUUUUUUCUCUCUAACUUCAUGACUAGUAAAGUUGUAGCUGCAUAGAAGAAAACAUGAUUGCCUAUGAAGAAGAAGAAGAAGAGAUGCCUAAGUUAUCUUCUCACCAACCACUUCACCUCUCUUCCUUUAUCAGACAUGUCAAUUACAGCUGUGGUUCUUGCGGUUAUGAGCUGAACUUGAACUCAAGCAAUCGCAACACAGCAUCAAUUAAGAACAAAAGGAAGAGAUCUCUCAUUUCAUUCUUCUCUGUUGACGAAACCAGAUUCACUCACAUUCAACAAUUCUCAUUCUCAUGGAUUUCAUUUCUCAAUUUCCAACGCACAGCAUCGAAACUACUCUGUCGCAGCUGUGGAAACCACCUAGGUUAUGCUCGCACUUUCCCUUCUCAAUCUAACUCAUGGGACGGUAUCUCUGAUUCUAGAACUUUCUACAUCAAACUCAACGCCAUUCAACCUUCUUCAUAACUCCUUUUCUUGUUUAGUUUCACUAUUAUAGAGGAUCUCUAAAUGUCUAUUAUCACUGCAUAAUAGAAGAAUAAAUGUUACUGUUUUUAGGAACAAAAUAUUGUUAGAGUUUGUUAUAAAUUAUUGUUUCGCAUAUUUAUGAAAAAAAUUGUAUCGGUGUAAUUCUAUACUUUUGUUCGAUACAAAAUUACCAUAUUUGAUUCGCUUUCA